GCAUCUAUUUCUUCUUUCCAGGCACCUGUAACCUAUGAUGCCCUGAUGGACAUGGAGUACCUGGACAUGGUAGUGAAUGAAACUCUCAGAUUGUACCCAGCUGCUAACAGGCUAGAAAGGAUCUCAAAGAAAGAUGUGCAAAUCAAUGGAGUGUUCAUUCCCAAAGGGACUGUAGUUAUGGUACCAACCUAUCCUCUCCAUCGGGAUCCUGAGUACUGGCCAGAGCCUGAGGAAUUCUGCCCUGAAAGGUUCAGCAAGGAGAACAAGGGCAGCAUCAAUCCUUAUGUAUACCUGCCCUUCGGGUACGGACCCAGGAACUGCCUUGGCAUGAGGUUUGCCCUCAUCAGUAUGAAAUUCGCUGUCGUCAGAGUCCUGCAGAACUUCACCCUCCAGCCUUGUGAGGAAACACAGAUUCCCUUGAAGUUAAGCAAGCGAACCAUUUUUCAACCAGAAGAACCCAUCAUCCUGAAAGUUGUGUCAAGGUGAAAUCACAAAUGGAGCUUGAGUUUCCAGCAAGAUUUCUGCUGUUCUUCAAGGAAGCUGUGCCACCCAACAUCAGAGAAUCUAAUUUGCCUUUGAAUUAAUCAGCUUAAUUGCCCUUGAGGAUUAGGUGUUCAGGAAUUCAUUGAGCAUGCUCAGUGUCUGUGCUGAGUAUCAUGUAUUGUGUGAUUUACAGGAAAUCAUUAAGUCAAUAUAGAACUGAGAUUUUUCUGAUUCUAGGGGCCAUCCCCAUUGAGCUCCAGCUUGCUUUCUGCAUUCUGAUUGUACUAAGCAUUUCUCUGUAAUCUUAUCAAUCAUAUUUUAAUGAAAUGGGAGGUACUGUGGUGAUUCUGGUGAGAAAUCUGUCUCAAAUGUUGUUUUAAUAUUUUAUAAUAUUACAAAUAGAAAUCAUCUUUCCAAAAAUAUGUGAUGUCUUCCUUUGCAUCAAUAAAACUGAGACACAGCAUUUCUGAUCAUA